GAGGACGGGCGGGGACCGGCCGCGAACCUGAGGGCCGUCUCCACGGCAACGGCGCCCCGACACCGGAAGUGGCGCCUGCAGAGAACGCGGGCUGAGGGCCGGGGUCGCGCGUAGCGUACGGGCUUGUGAGGGCCGUGUCUCCACGCGCGAAUUAGCGGGCCCUGGAGAGCUCGACCUCCUGCUCUGGGGUCCCGUACGCAGAGACGCGUGCCCCGGUGCCGGGCCGCCCCAUGGCGUGCACCCGAGUACACCUGCUGCGAAAUGCAAACCCCUCCUUUGUGGUGUCCAGUGACACGCCUGAAUGAGGGCCAUUGCCUGGCUAGCUGGGUAAAACGUAGCUAAACCUCCCCGGCUCCGGACAGGUUUCCUCCCACUGCGCCUCGGUUGCAGCUGCACUAGCGGCCAUUUGCUCAGGACCUGCGGCGGUGAAGGAAACUGAUGGAAUGGAAGUCGCAAAAGCCUGUUGGCGAUGCUGCCCUGUCCUGUUACCAACUUUUGGUCUCUAGUUUCCUAUAGUUUGAAAUUUAGGGUUUUUUUUUUUUUUCCAUCUGCAAAUUAACAUAGGCAGCUGCAAAUGACAUUUGCUUGGUGAAACAAGGAACCACACGCAUUGCUCCUCUCUGUGUCCCAGUUUGGAGAAUUCUGGCACUGUGCCCAGCCUAGACAAGCCAGCUAUGCUUCUUUGUACAGGCAGACCCCAGGGAAGAGGUCGUGGUGCCUCCAUUUACAGAGCAAGAGCAGUGGGAGGCCAACACCUCCCCCAAGACUCAGCUGAGGGCUCCUAGAUGCUGCUGACCCCUAUGCUAGCCAUCUGGACACUGCACCGCCACUGCAAAACAGCACUGCCCCAGGGCCCAAUGCCGGUCAUGCCCAUCCCGCGGCGGGUGCGCUCCUUCCACGGCCCGCACACCACCUGCCUGCACGCAGCCUGCGGGCCAGUGAGAACCUCUCACCUGGCCCGCACCAAGUACAACAACUUCGAUGUGUAUGUCAAGAGCCGCUGGCUCUAUGGCUUUAUACGCUUCCUGCUCUACUUCAGCUGCAGCCUCUUCACUGCGGCCCUCUGGGGGGCGCUGGCCCUGCUCUUCUGCCUGCAGUACCUGGGCGUGCGGGUCCUGCUGCGCUUCCAGCUCAAGCUGUCAGUGCUGCUGCUGCUGCUGGGGCGGAGGCGCGUGGACUUCCGCCUCAUGAACGAGCUGCUCAUCUAUGGCAUCCAUGUGACCAUGCUGCUGGUUGGGGGGCUGGGCUGGUGCUUCAUGGUCUUUGUGGACAUGUGACGGCAGCUCACCCUCUAUGGGGCUCUUGAUCGUGCCAUGUCAAGCUUCUUUCUUGGAGGGUGGGGUAGUAGGGGCUUUUUUUUGCCCAAUCCCAGAGGUAAGGCCUGAAGCACACACUCCCAUUGAGGGGAGAAAAGGGCUGAGAUGACUCUGUAGUGGGGACACCACAGUCUCCUCGUUGGCCUCUGUGCUAUCCUUCCUGCGCGCUUUCCCAGAUGUGACAUCCCCCUUUAAGGCUUUAAGCCUCUUGCCUUGGGUUGCCUGUGUGUUUUCAGGUUGUCCAGUGGGUAGCCCAUCUGUAUGUUCGCCACCUUGAGACCUUCUGUGUAACAUCCUCAACAACAUCAGGCCCAACCAGUGGGACACGAAGGGGUGCCUUUGGGCUGCACGGCCCCUUUAUGUGCCCUGUUCCUGGCUAUAGCCUCAGGGACCCAUCUGGCUAUACAAGCAGACACACUACUGCCACUAACUGCACCCACUUUGAGUUGCUUGAAUCCUAAGUCCAUGGACCACUCUCUGCUGUCACAAGUGGCCGUGUCAGUCUUGAACCCCAAGUCAGGCCUCAGUGUCACCUUGGUUUGCAUAGGUGCAGUUUAGCAGGACUAUGGGAUUGGCUAGUCCCUGGUACAAGGGAGCACAGGCACCGAGGCUUGGACUCCAGAGCAGGUCCACACCCUGGGCAGGUCUGUGUAUCAAGCUGUGCUGAGCUCUGAAACCCAAAAGACCCUAGAAAAACACUUCUGCUUAACAUUGGGAGUUUUUACUGUCUCUGAGGGAUGGGGCCUCCAGCCGCUUCCCAAAGUCUUGGCCAGACCUGUGGAAAACAGGAGCAAACCGACUGUACCCCCUCAGUGAUAUUUACUAGCCCUGUGGACAGCCUGGAUGUGCUAGCUGCACCUUUCCCACAUGCUGUUAGGCCUGGUUUGUGAGAUAAAAGAUGGAGUACCUGACCACCUUUGGCCUCUGGCAGGGGUGGGAUAUGGCUCUCACUGGGUGGCAAGUGAAGUGGUUUGAACAGUAACUCCAGGGGCAGGACAUUGAGCAUAUCCUGCUAACACAUGCUUCACCCCAAAUUGUCACCCCACACCCUGGGCAUGGGGGUGGCCCCUUUGACCCUACCCUGCCAAGUAAACUAGUUGUAUUCCACUGAUGAGAAUCUUAAGAAACCCAAACAGGGGAAGCAAAGAUGUAGAACUAUUGACCUAGCUCUUGUAGCCUGCUGUCGCCAUUGGUCUGGCAAGAGGGCUCAUGGAGGAAAUCUGUCUGCCUCCCAGCAUAGGAGAUGAGGUGCCUUCUCAGUGGACCCCGCUGCUGCUUGCUUGCUGCAGAGAAUUGUUUGCACUAAAGCCCACUCUUCCCCCAAAGCAGCAUUGUUCUUUGUUAAUUAGCUUAUGUUCCUCAGAGUGGCCUGAAGCCCCAAUUUGCUGGGUGAUGGUGGGUGUGUCAGGGCUGGUGGUGGGAGGGAAUGAUGGAACCUUGUCACUCAUUGCACACCCAGCUGCCCAGUGUCCUGAGUGCCUGUUAAAUUCUUUAUGAGAUGAAUCACCUGCAUUAAACCUAUUUUUUUAAUGUGC